GGUAGGUAGAAAAACAACAACUGGAUAAACAAACCGAACCGAUAGAUAUAUAGAUAUGGAGACGUUUCUUUGAAUUUCUCUAUCUCUCAAAUGGAGUCUACAUUGUCUCUCUCAACAUCUUCCUUAACUCUCUUCACCAUAUCCAGAGCUCUAAACCGUCAUUUCACUAACAAAACUACCUCCCUCCUCCUCCCGACUCACCCUGUAAAUCGCCGACUCAGUUCCGUUUACUCUCCUCGCAAUGUUUCCUCCUCGUCAUCUUCUAAUUUGAGGCGCUUCUACUCCCUGUUGCCGCUUUUACGGCGCCGUUCAGAGUGCGUGUCGAACUCCGCGUCCUCUUUUGCGACCUCUGGAGGUGGAAGCGGCGGUGGAGGCUUGUUUGGUGGGGAUGGCAACGGCGGCGGCGGAGGUGGUGAGGGGUAUGAUGGCGGAGAUGGAAAAUCGAAAUUGGCUGCUGGAGCGGCAGAGGAUGUCUCGGCGCUGUCUUCGGAUGUUAUUAUACUUGAUGUUGGAGGAAUGACAUGUGGAGGAUGUGCAGCCAGUGUCAAGAGAAUACUGGAAAACCAACCACAAGUCUCCUCUGCUAGUGUAAAUCUCACAACAGAGAUUGCAGUAGUGUGGCCUGUAUCUGAGGCAAAAGUUGUACCAAACUGGCAAAAACAGUUGGGAGAGGAACUUGCAAAACAUCUGACAAAUUGUGGGUUCAAAUCUAACCUUCGAGAUGCGGGGACAGACAAUUUCCUAAGAGUUUUUGAAAAGAAAAUGGAUGAAAAGCAUGAUCGCUUAAAAGAAAGUGGUCGUGAGCUUGCUGUCUCUUGGGCUCUCUGUGCUGUAUGCCUCUUUGGUCAUCUUUCUCAUAUUUUUGCUCUCAAACUCCCAUGGAUCAAUCUGUUUCAUUCCACAGGAUUCCAUCUGUCCUUAUCUUUGUUUACAUUGCUUGGUCCUGGACGUCAACUUAUCCUUGAUGGCAUGAAAAGCCUUUUUAAGGGGGCUCCAAAUAUGAACACUUUAGUUGGUCUUGGGGCUUUAUCUUCAUUUACUGUUAGUUCAUUAGCUGCCUUAAUACCAAGCCUGGGUUGGAAGGCCUUCUUUGAGGAGCCAAUUAUGUUAAUAGCUUUUGUCUUGCUGGGGAGGAAUCUUGAACAAAGAGCUAAAAUUAAAGCAACCAGUGACAUGACUGGACUUCUGAGUAUUUUGCCUUCUAAAGCUCGUCUUCUGGUUCAUUGUGAUGCAAAAGGCCCGGAUUCAAUUGUUGAAGUUCCUAGUACCAGUCUUUCCAUUGGAGACCAAAUUGUUGUACGACCUGGGGAUCGUGUUCCAGCUGAUGGAAUAGUAAAAGCUGGUCGAAGCACAAUUGAUGAGUCAAGUUUCACAGGGGAGCCAUUGCCAGUGACUAAACUACCCGGGAGUCAAGUGGCAGCCGGAAGUAUAAACCUGAAUGGAACUCUAACAGUUGAAGUGCGGAGACCAGGUGGUGAGACUGCCAUAGCAGACAUUAUUCGUUUGGUGGAAGAAGCACAAAGUCGAGAGGCUCCAGUACAACGUUUGGCUGACAAGGUUUCUGGGCAGUUUACAUAUGGAGUAAUGGCACUCUCAGCUGCUACAUUUAUGUUCUGGAACUUGUUUGGAACGCAUGUGCUCCCUGCAAUUCAACAUGGAAAUCCAGUUUCUCUUGCUCUGCAGCUCUCUUGCAGUGUUUUGGUUAUUGCUUGUCCUUGUGCACUUGGUUUGGCCACACCUACUGCUGUGCUGGUUGGAACGUCAUUGGGUGCAACAAGAGGAUUGCUUUUGCGUGGUGGAAGUAUUUUAGAGAAGUUUUCAAUGGUGAAGACCAUUGUGUUUGACAAAACAGGGACCCUGACAGUUGGCAGACCUGUUGUGACAAAGAUUCUUACUCUUGGAGGUGUGAAAAUUACAGAUGCACAACUAAAUUCAAAUAGUAUGUGGUCAGAAGGUGAAGUUCUGAAGUUAGCUGCUGCUGUAGAAUCCAAUACUGUUCAUCCUGUUGGAAAAGCUAUCGUAGAAGCUGCUCAGGCUGUCGGUCAUCAGAAUGUGAAGCAGGUGGCAGAUGGAACAUUCAUGGAGGAACCAGGAUCUGGUGCUGUAGCUACCAUCGAGAACAAGAAGGUGUCUGUUGGAACAUUAGACUGGGUUCAAAGGCAUGGAGUUUAUCAGAAUCCAUUUCAAGAAGUGGAGGAUGUUAAGGAACAAUCAGUUGUCUAUGUUGGUGUAGAUGAUACCCUUGCUGGUCUUAUAUACUUGGAAGAUCAGAUUAGAGAAGAUGCUAGAAAUGUUGUUGAAUCUUUAUCCAGGCAAGGGAUUAAUGUGUACAUGCUGUCUGGCGACAAAAGGAAGACAGCAGAAUAUGUUGCAUCCAUUGUUGGUAUUCCAAAGGAGAAGGUAUUAGCUGGAGUUAAACCAAAUGAAAAGGAGAAGUUUAUUACUGAACUCCAGAAGGAUCAUAACAUAGUAGCCAUGGUUGGUGAUGGAAUCAAUGAUGCUGCUGCCUUGGCAUCUUCACACGUUGGAGUUGCCAUGGGUGGAGGUGUUGGAGCUGCUAGCGAGGUGUCUUCUAUUGUGCUGACUGGCAAUAAGUUGUCGCAGUUGCUUGAUGCAUUGGAGCUAAGUAGGCUAACCAUGAAGACUGUGAAGCAAAAUCUUUGGUGGGCUUUUGCAUAUAACAUUAUUGGAAUUCCAAUUGCAGCUGGCAUGUUGCUUCCCAUAACUGGGACGAUGCUGACUCCAUCAAUUGCUGGAGCUCUCAUGGGUUUAAGUUCUAUUGGGGUCAUGUCAAAUUCAUUGCUUUUACGACUGAAAUUCUCCUCAAAGCAAAAACAGGCUCACGGAGAAUCUCCAAGCACCAAGACCUUUUUGGGGUCUGAUUUUCUUAUGGACCAGAGAAAGAAAAUGGAUCAAUCGUAUACCGAUGCUAAAUGGAGAGAAGCACGAUAAUUAACCAUACACAGACCAUCCUUAUUCUGCAUGCUUUAUAACGUGGAGAUCAUACAAUACGAGAACACUGAUUUCAUUGGAACUGAGAAUUUCAAGGUAUUUUUGAAAAACUUAAAUUUAUUUUACUAGUGGCCCCUUUCAGUUCAGGAAUGGCAUUCAUAAGAUUUGUUUUACAAUACAAGACAAUUUCUACUUUAUAGAAAUUUGUUUUAUUCUACAGCAGACAAAUUUCUAUAUAGUUAUUUUUGCUGUCGGAA